AUGGCUUGGAUGCGCCCUCCCCCGCAUGGCACUCAGCUCAGACCAUGGGUUCCGGAUCUCAUCUUUGUUCCAAUUUCUCGCGCCGUUGAACGAGUGGGAGUCUUCUUCUAUAACAGGUUCUUAAUUAAUUUCUUGAGAAAUUUGAAGUUGUUCAGUUAAAAUUCAGUGCUAUCUAAUCAGGUUUUGCAUAAUAAGUGUUGGUCUGACUCUCCCAUCUAGUUUGAUAACGAUUUUGAUCGUCCCAGUCAGACAGAGGGAAUAGGUUUAACUUUAUAACAUCGGAAAUUUUACAGGUUUUUUCGAUUUUUCAUCUCAUCGCAUUACAAAUGUUUAGAACGAAAUUUUUGAGAAAGUGUGCUUUUUUGUUUGACAGCGUUCUGGUGAAAAUUUUUUUCAUCGAACUAUCAAUAGGCAAAACUUUGGGAUAAUGAUAAUAAAUCGAUUACUUCAGAAAUUUUGGUUUUUUCAACGUUUUGUUUUUUUAGAGUCUUGAACAAGACUGAAAUCGGAUUGUUCGACAAGCGAUGGAACAAGAAUGUCCAUGGACCUUAUUGCCACUGGCGUUACUACGGAAAGCGUUAGUUUUUGCUUGAUUUUAUUUCUGCCGGUAAAGGUUUUUUUUUUUGAAUGUUUCAGUAUUUUUUGUUUCUGAAAGAGUUUAAUUUUAUUAAUCUUUUUUCAUAUGAAUAAGUGUUUAAGAAUAUGUUUCUUCUAUUUUUCCUGAUCUUUUUAAUCGAUUUGCACUUUUAUAUUCUUUUUCUUACAGUGGACACUAAGUUCCUGGACGUGAAGCUUGGCGAUUUGCCAGCUUGGAUGGCCCGACGUGAAAAGACGCCGUCGGCUUUCUACAAUGAAUUCAUGCGCAACAUCUGGCGCGUUCACAACCUUUACUACUCCGGACCCGUCUACGCCAACACUGUUUGUUUUUUUUUUUCAUUUCGUUUAUGAAUUAUUCAUUAAUCGAUCCAUAAAGUGUCUUAAAGCGAAGAAAAUGCUUCCAUGCACUAAAAAGUUCCAGUUCGAAUCAGCUCAUUAAAACUCAAGUUCUAAUUAAGUAGAUGUUCUAUAUUCAUCGAAAAAGAUAUAAAUUAACUUUUCUUUCUUUGAAAAUAAACAGUCUCACAUUUUAGCUAUAGUAUUUUUAUGGUGUGUGUAACUGGGAUCUUAUUAAAGAUGAAUGAUCUUAAGAAGAGAAUAAUUGAGGAUAUAAAGCUUUCUAGGCUCAUCUUUCAAAAUUAUUCCCCUUUUCCAUUGAACUAGUACUUCAGUACUCCGUCCAUUUUUUUCUAGAAAGCAGCUGUUUAUUAAGUGGUUUAAUGCAAAUAUAAAAUUUAAUAUUAGUUGAGUUUCUAAAGGUUUAACAAUAAUGCGACCCUAGAAAUUGAAACAAAAAGAUUCUAAUCGUAUUUCAAGACGCAUGUUUUCGAAUUCGCUUUUUUUUUUCUUUUAUAUUCAAGGAUUGUCUGAAGUUAAUAUCAAGCUUUGCAUUUGUGAUUGAACUAAAUUGAUUGCACAAAAAAUCUGAAGAAAAAGAAACCUUUUUGAGUAUUGAAAAGAAAAAUAUGAAAAAAUAACACGCAUUUUCCCGUUUUUCAUAGACUUUCUGAUUGUGAUUUGGAGUUUAUCCAUGUCGUUGUUGAGACUUUAGAAUCGAUGAAUAAAUGAAAAAUUACAGAAAUUUACAAUCAAUUUGCAGGUUAAAACGAUCUUCCGCUUCGUUUUCGCCUACUCGUUCCUGAACUGGCUGGUCAAGUCGCACCGUUAUCUCGACUUCCAGAAGACCAUGUACCACUGGUAG